GGCGUCGUCUAACACACCCUCACCCGUUCAUUCCCCUUCGCAAAUGUUGUCAUUGAAAAUGAUUGCAGCUAUACACAAUAGAGUGUAAAAAUUUUCCAGUCACAAAAAAUUGCCAACUCUCAUUUUCUCUUUCUUCCAUUUUUUCACUCCAUCUCUCUGCACUUCAAGCUUGCUGGAAAUCUGUGUGAUAAUUAGGAGGCAAGAAAUGAUUUUCUUAGGGACAUUGUACAUUUGAGUAAUUUAAUCCUAAUUACAGAAGACCUUUGACGGGAGGACAUAAUAAGUGGUUUUUUGGAACUUAAAUUUGUAACCGAGUUCCUUGCGUCAUAAAGAAACUUUUUGCAAGUCAAAUUGUUCUCUGAUGUCAGAAACUGACAUGGCAGUUAUUAAUCCUGAGAUGAUGAAGCCUUAUGUGUGGCUUCAGACAUCCGAUGAUUCAAUCCAACAAGUGGAACAAGAGAUUGCGAUGUUUUGCCCAUUUAUAUGUCAAGAAAUAAUACAAAAAAGCAUGGGAUCUUCCAAGAAUUGUGCAAUAUGUCUUCCUCAACAAGUCAGUCCUGCAAUGUUGAGCUUAAUUCUUGAUUAUUGUCGAUUUCAUCAAGUACUAGGCCGCUCAAACAAGGAACGGAAGUCUUAUGAUGAGAAAUUUGUCAGGAUAGACACAGAACGGCUCUGUGAGUUGACGUCUGCUGCAGACAGCCUUCAGUUAAAGCCAUUGGUUGAUCUCACCAGUCGUGCACUAGCUCGAAUAAUCGAAGGAAGAUCACCGGAGGAGAUACGCGACAUAUUUCAUUUGCCUGAUGAUCUUACAGAGGAAGAGAAAUUGGAGCCAUUGAGAAACAUUACUGACGAUCCAAGGAUCAGGCUUUUGAAUCGCUUGUAUGCCAAGAAGAGGAAAGAACUUAAAGAGCGUGAAAGGAUAAAGAAUGUUGAAGUUGAAGAAGAGCAUGUAGAUGAACGAUCAGUUGAUGACCUUUUAUCUUUCAUUAAUGGAAAUGACGGAGAUCCGAAGGGGAUUAAAACUUCUAAAAAUAAAAAGAAGAAUCGAAGGAAAAAAGACCAACAGAAGAAUUCUUCUUUGAAGGAAGCAUCUGUACCAGAUAAGAAGGAGGAGGUAAACGGUCAUAAUAUCAGACACCAUAGUUUGGAAGCUGAUAGACCGUGUGAGACCUCAAAUUCACACCAUACAGACGAUGAUCCUAUGGUUGAGUUUGAUGACGAUGAUACAGAUGAUGAGAUUGAUCCGGUAUUAAAGGCAAAAAUUGACAGGGAAGUGGAAGAUUUUGCCCGCCGAUUAAAUUCCGACUGGCCAGAGAGAAUAAAAGACUUUUUGUCGUCAACACAAGAAAGGAAAACAAUGCUUUUAACUACCACCAAUGGGAACGGUUGUCUAAGGCGACAUGCUUGACUGGACUUUCAGAAUGGAAAUGAAUCUUCCCCAGAUGGCCAUUGGCUUCAAAAUUUUGAGAGAUUCUGGCAAGCACAAGAAAAUUGUUGCAUGUCAGUUGUUUUUAUUUUUUGUUUUAGGGUAAUUUUAAUGAGUAACCGUAGGAUGCUUAUUAAGGCUUAAAAAUAAAAAAUAAAAAACAGCUCCUCAGGUUUUUCUUUCUCCGGAUAUUGUGAAAUAGUUUAUUUUUGUUAUUCUUUAAACAAAUGUCCUAGAAAUCUUCUGUUAGCAGUUCAUUUUUAUGUAUAUGGAAUUCUGUUUUUUUCCUUUCCCCUUUCCUCUGCAUUUGAACAAUAAAUAGGAGUUUCAAUGUAAAAGUUGGAGUUGUGAUCAUGAAUGUGGAAUUUAUUUUA